CCGCUAAAGCUGCUCUUUCCGCAAGCUUCUCUUCCUCCAAUCUUGCGUUUUCUUCAUCUCGACGAACUCGAGCAAUGUUAUCCUUGUUUCUAACAUGCCAACUAAAAUCAGAUUAAAAGUUAUCAAAAUCUUGAAAGUGCAAUAUUUUGAAACCUAAAAGCAACUGAUCGCAGUGUAAGAUUCAUGAAGCAAACAUACUAUCUGUAUCAUAACAUCUAGUAUUUGAAAUUAAUGCAUCUUUUAUCAAUGAAGUUUACUACAGUACCUCUUUUUUGGUAAAAUAUUCAUUACAAAAUUUGGAACUAAAGUAAAAAAUUAUUAGGGGAUGUCAAUUUGACAUUUUGCAUGACAAGUUACUUGAAUAUGGAUUAUGGACAUGAUGGCCUCUGGUGGAAAUGUUUCCUACAUGGGGUUGUCCUUUCUGCAAGGUCGGACAGUCUACCUUCCUAAUGGGAUGGCAGGGACAGAAAAAUGACUUGGCCAAAAUAUGGGUACAUCAGUGCAGGAGUUACACUGAUUACCCAGAAAUAAACUCGAACAUGUUCCCCCUAUAUACAGCAAACUAUGACUCGGACAAAUAACAUAAUCUUGGACAAUCCUUCCGGUACACAAGCUUUACGUCAAAAGUAUACCAUUUUCAUCAAUUCUCACCUGUUAAAAUAAACUUUUACGGCAUUCUCUAUUAAAAAAUCAUUGUUUAUAUUUUCAUGUAUACAAUUUACCUUCGGAAAUGAUCGCACUAGGAUCGGGCAAAGCUCGGAGGAAAACAAAUACAAUAUAUUUGAAAUAUUUCGAAGUAAAACGUUUUCAAAGAUUUUAAAAUGGCACAAAUUUCUACAGCUAUUUCUGAUUUAGUAUUGAGUGUCUCAUCAUUUUACGGGGCUGGUGUGAUAGCGAGACGAUAUAUUCAUGCAGCAGUAGGCUUGCUGGUCAUAGCUCUAGCGGCAGGGGUAGGCAUGAUCAGGUUUCUCAAUAUUGCUCCACUACACCGUCGAAAUGCUGUCAUCUCUUUACAUACUAAACUGUCCUGGUUUGCAACGAUUCUGGGUGAGUAACUAUUGUAAAUGAGUAGAUUAAAGUUUCAGUAUAAAAGCAUUACAGACCUGGUGAUCAACUUCAGAAAUGUUGAAACUUAAUAAGUUAAUAUAGCAACCAGCAAUUUAAUCGCUAUAUUUUAUUUCCAAGACUUCUACAUAUGAUGAAAUGAACUAACACAUUACAAAUCUCACCGAACUGUGGUAUUGCGGCAAACAUUUGUACCAAAUUCCAAUUUUAAACCGCCAAUCAACGUUUUGUAGCAUUGUUACCAAGAACGGGAUCGGUCGUUUAAAACUAGAAUUGCAAACUUGCAAAAAAAUGUAGGUGUAGUCACAGACGUUUGUGGGAGUGACAGUGAUUUUUGCUACAGUUAGGCAAGAUCCAUAAUUAACUGCUGGAUGACAACCUACACCCUUUGACCAUGCCCCCCACCCCAUUUUGCAGAAACAUACUUUACCAGCAUUUCAAUUUAUUAUUACUUUAAUUUCUCGACCCUAGGAAUCCCACUAAUAGCAGCAUCAUUCUCCAUCAAGUACAGAUCAGAUUAUGGUUCUCAACUUCACAUUAUCAGCGGUAUUGCAGGAAUAAUGUUGUCAAUUCUCUUGCCAAAAUUCAAAGAUGCAUGUACACAUUUUGCAUCAACACUAGCAAUACUUAGUAUUUUGUUGCAAAGUUUUCGAGCUGACAAUGUCCUGGCUAUGGCUGGAGCAAUCUUGUAUGCAGUUGCAAGCACAGUUAUUGGUACUGUUGGAUACUUGAUAGGGUAUCUUCGUAUAGAUAUCUUUCAUUACUUUUUGGUUGUGGCAAAUAUUGCUUUUGUUAGAGCUUUACAAUAAUUUAUAUUCAUUUUUCUACUGUAGCCAAACACUGAACAAUUGUAAACAAUUACUUUCACUUGCAAUACUGUCUGUAUAUAUUUAAUAAAUACUCUUCACACUUGAUAUAAAAUAUAACUUAAUAUAAACAAAAUAAUAAAUAUUUUCAAUAUGUCCGUUCCCUCUCUACCAAGAUAAUACAAUUUCUUUUACAAUAAAUUCUAUAUGUUAUUUCUAUUUUGCACAUCACAAGCUAUGUUUUGCCCAGGAACAUAAUGAGCCUGAGAGAUACCACUCUAGCAGCAAGCAACUUAUUGAUAUCAAUAUCUUGCGAUACUGGCAAAUCUUGUUCGAGCGAUUCUUGACUAUCUUGUGUAAACUCAUGCUGGAAGAUGACAGGAUUUGUAUCAAGGUCUCCAUAAGGACUUCGUACAAAUAUAAAUUUAACAAACACGUUGGAUUUUGUUGUGAGAAUCAACUGAAAUGUAAAUCCUCGUCUCAAACUUUUCUCAUUGCCAACAACUUGAGAUCUGAGCAUCCAAUCUUUGCCAAAACACGUGAAACGAUUGCUUUCAUAGAAAAGUUCUGGAAUGAAGUCAUCAGUACGUCUUGGUCGCAACUGUAAAUCUGGAAAAGUUAGAGAUGAAUUCUUAGAAAUUAAUACUGUUUUAAUAGUAGGUGGGUUUCACUAAGCGUCAUCAUGCUGUAGUUAUCAACAUUUCUUCACCACAUGUGCUACCCUGUAGUGCUUACUGAAUUCCACGUCAAAUAGUUACUGUGUGUACCAUACCAUGUAUUGAAGUUCUGCCAUAAGACAACAGGGCAAAUAUCGAUUGAUAUAAGUUAAAUUUUGUCUCCUCGUCUGUUGAACAUUUCUCCAAAUUUUCCAUGAUUUCCAAACCAGUUUUUCUUGCUUGAGCACAUCGUUCCUCAUGAUCCACCCGUUUUUGUGAAGUUCCUUGCCAAUGACAGCCAAUCUUCUCGUAUUUGCAUGAAACUAACCUGAAG